AGAGAGAGAGAGAGAGAGAGAGAGAGAGAGAGAGAGAGAGAGAGAGAGGGAGAGGGAGAGAGACGAGCGGUGAAAAAAAUAAGAAAACAAUUUGGAGCCAUUGUCCCUUUGGAGAGACGGGAGAGACGGGGAAACGAGGGAGCACUGUUAAACGAUAGGAGCAGAGAGAAGGAAAAGACACGAUGAUUUUGGGAGGUAUAAACCAUGCGGGGGCGAUGCCUGCGUUCCUGCGGACCCCCACUAUGAUCCAGCCACACCUGGAUAUGAAGCCCUUCCUCCAGUUCCCCAUGGACACAGCUCCACCACAACACAGCAUGGGCCUGUUUCACAACUUCAACACUAUGGACCCAGUGCAGAAGGCGGUGAUCAACCAUACCUUCGGCAUUCCACUGGUGAAAACCAAGAGGCCCAUCAUCUCUUGUAACGUCUGCCAGAUACGCUUCAACUCUGAGAGCCAGGCAGAUGCCCACUACAAAGGCAACCGCCAUGCACGGAGAGUCAAAGGCAUCGAGACCUCCAAGAGUCGCCCCCAGGAGGGUGACAAGUCGGGCCGACCUGUCUCCCUCACCUCCUCUCCAUCCCUCCCUGGUGAACCCCCUACCUCCACCCCUGACAUCAGCGACCCCUGUAACCCAGAUGAACCACGCCUCUCUCUGCCACCACCUCUCAUGGCCCCGCCUGGGCCCCUACCCCCCCUGCCUCCCCUCUCCACCCACGACUCCCCCCUUGCCCCCUCCGUGUAUCCCAUGCUGACCACCCCCACCCUCACGCCUUCUCCCCUUCUCCCCUCAUCCUCUGACUCCCCCGUGGGUUUCAACACCACCAUCCCUGAGCAGAGUGGUGUUCCAGUGGCCCCUGUGGCUCCCGGGGCCCCAGCCGGCCCAGAGACAGAGGAGGACAAGGUCAAGAAGCUCCUCUACUGCUCACUGUGCAAAGUGUCCGUCAACUCCCUCUCACAGCUGGAGGCUCACAACAAAGGUACCAAACACAAAACUAUCCUGGAGGCUCGCAGUGGGCUGGGUCCUAUCAAGGCAUACCCUCGGCUGGGCCCCAAACCCCCGGGGGAGCUGGGAGGGGGUCCACUGGACCCCAACACUGAGGAACGCACCUUCCACUGUGAGAUCUGCAACGUGAGGGUCAACUCUGAACUGCAACUCAAACAGCACAUAUCUAGUCGAAGGCACCGGGACGGAGUGGCAGGGAAACCUAACCCUCUUCUCAGCCGACACAAGAAGCACAGGAUAGCUGACCUCACGUCCUCUCUGAACUUCUCUAAGGAUCUCUCCAAAUGUUUGGGGGCAGGGCUCUUGCCCAGUCCCCUGGCUGUUGCUGCGGCAAUGGCCGCAGCCGCUUCCUCGAACCACCAAUUGGCUCAGCUUCGUGCUGCAGCAGCAUCUUCGGCCCAGCACCACCCGCAUCACCACCACCACCACCUAUUACAGGGCCCACCUCUCAGCCAUGCCAUCUUAAGACCCGCCCCUGGGCCCAUGCGCACCUCCCACGUGCCAAUCCUCUUCUCUCCUUACUGACUCCACCUCCUCCACCUCGGCCAGUCAGGAGCAGCCACUACAAAAGCACACUGUGAAGAAAUAAAUGUAAA